AUCAAGUCGGAGGACCUUAAACUUGAAGCUGAGAAAUCAGGCGGGAGAAAUGAAUUAGUUCCUUCACCGCCUCGGGAUUGAGGCUCAGAGAAGCAGAUAAAAAUUAAACACCGACAUUUGUUGACUUUCACGAAGGGGAUGCUAUUUCAUCAAAGACUGUGCUGAGUUGGACUUUCAUGUCAAUUGACAGUUUAUUUUCCAAGUCAUGGUUCUGUUUCUUUUUUUUUUCCCUCCUAUUACAUGCGGGAUUAAGUGAGGACAAACUGCUCGCAUUUCAACUUUUUGACCUUUCAUUAAGUUUCCUCCUUUUAAAACUUGCGAGAAGUCAUCCGAUGCCGACUGAGAAGACAAGUUCACCUUUAAGGGAAAUUUGGAAGAAUUUCAAACCUGCAAGACUUUGGCUGUAGAAACAUGAUCGCCAGAAUCAAUCGCAUCAUCCUCAUCCUGGUGCUCCUCUGCCUCCUCCCCCCAAGUAAGGAGACCUGCCCUUCUAUGUGUCUUUGCACGUCCGACACAGUGAGCUGCAGCUCCAGCGGUCUCAACAAGAUACCCAAGUCACUGCCCUCGUUCGCCAACACGCUUGAUCUCAGUCACAACCAAAUGUCCUGGCUGGGUCCGGGCAGCUUCAGCAGAAUGUCCAAACUGGAAAACCUCUGGAUGGCCCACAACCAGAUCAGCAGCCUGGCCAACGGGGCAUUUGAGAAUGCCUCGAGCCUACGAUAUCUAGACUUGUCCUCCAACAAGCUCCAAACGGUGGCGCAGCACUAUUUUGAGGGACUGUGGAAGCUGGAGGAGCUCAUUCUCUUUAACAAUAAAAUCACAAAGGUAGAAGCCGGCACGCUGAUGGGUCUGAGCAGCUUGAAAAAGGCGUACUUCAGCCUCAACCGGAUCACGCAUUUCCCCUUCUUCACCAUCCAAGACCAUAGUCACCCUUUUCUGGCCAUGCUGGAUCUCUCAUCCAACCUUAUGACUCAUCUGCCAUGGCAGGAUGUGAAAGCAUUGCCCAGGUUGGUGCAGCGGGGGCUCUACCUUCACAACAACUCCCUUAUUUGCGACUGCUCCAUGUACAGCAUGUUCUGGCACUGGGAUCUCCGAGGGUACGCCUCCCUAAGGGAAUUCACGGACGAACACACUUGCACCAUCUAUGGGGAACCCCGAGCAUCUAUCCGGUUCCUUCGACAAAAUCGCUUUUUCAACAACUGCAGCGUGGAAAAAGCCGUGUCGCUUCCGGUGACCGUGCUCCUCUCCAAGGUUUUGGUUUCCGAGGGUCAACGGCUGCGUCUGGACUGCCAAACAUCCUUGAGUAGCGCCAAUCUCUCAUUUACGUGGUUUUCACCCAGCCAGGGCUACAUCACUCUGUACAACAUUGAUGACGCACUCAUGAGCAUGUUUGCCAAUGGUACUUUGGAGAUCCGAGCAGCCAAGGUCAACGACUCAGGCCUGUAUGUGUGUACAGCAGUGGAUGGUAAAGAGGCCCUGAACGCAACCAGAGAAAUAAACGUCACGGUGCUCUUGCCUGAAGUGGGGUCCUUCAGCACGGGUUACACAACGUUGCUGGGCUGUGUGGUGACGAUGGUCCUCAUCCUCGUAUACCUCUACCUUACCCCGUGCCGAUGCAGCUGCUGCAAGCAGCCCAACCCUCCGGUCAUCCCCGUUGCAACAUACGAACCGGAGAAUUCGAUGCCCGUUUUCUCCUCUUGCACAGCAGACAGAGGGAAAAGCCACCCUAACAAGCAUGUGGCAUUCAUGCAGCCGAUGCUGAGUGAAGAAGAACCUGAAUGGACACAUGAAAGCUGAUUCCAGAACAAAAACAGAGGCCAUCAAAGUCACCUUCUUUUUCCUGGAUGUCACCUGCUGUUAACAAGCAUAAAAGUUCCUUCUGCUUUG